ACUGCUCUGACGCCCACAUACCCAAUCUCAGGCAGGACGUCCCUGAGAACAACAGCCUCUUUUAUUUUGCUCUUGCUCAGCUAAAUCUAAAAAUGUCCUGGUCUCAACCUCUUCUUCUCACCUGUCUCGUUGUUUUGUCCGUCAUCACCUUGUUCCAAGUAGCUGACAGCGCCGCUGUGUCAGAUAAGAAGGCAGCCAGUCCUCAAGGUGCACUGAGGAAGGUCUUCAUGCCAGAGGCAGAUGCCUCCAGCUUCUUCAAACGCCGAGGCAAGAGGGCUGUGAAAACUCAAGAUGAGAUAAACGCUGAACAGAGACAGAGGCUGGCCGCAGAUGAGAGAAGGAGGGAGUAUCAUGAGGAACAGAGGAAUGAGUUUGAGAGUCACGCUGAAGAGGAGCAUGACGAGCAAGACGAGCGCACCAGAGAGAAGACAGAGCAGUGGAGAGAGUUUCACUACGAUGGCCUCGACCCAUCUUACGAGUACAACCGACACACGGUGUAAAACAGUGGAUAACUACAACAGAACGGGUAGACAGCUUUACAGUAGAUUUCUGUGAAGGCGUUUUGGCACAAUGUCUGCAGUAAACAUGCACACAAUAGUGCAAAAGAACGUAGCCUUAUAUGUGUAUUCAUGCAUGCAGAACGUAUGUAAUCCAUGUAUCAUAGAUGUACAUUUAUUCAUAUGUAGGCUUUCAUAACCCUUACUGUAUGACUAAACAUGUUCUUUUUAUGGCUAGUUCAAAAUGUAUUGUACAUUUCGUCACACACAAGUCAUUUAAUGAUUAUUAAUUCUAACUUAAUUUCAAAGUAACCCGAUUUUUAUUCAUUUUAUGCUGGGAUAAUGUAAAGUGUUACAGCUACUUGAGGUUGAAUCACAAUAAGUC